UGCGCUUCGGGGUUAAUUAGUGCGCGCGGGUCAGAUGUGCGACACAACAUGCCUCCACUGGAGAAAACACAGCAUCCCAAACCGUUCAAACUGAGGAAGAGUUUAGCUACGAGGAAACAAGAGGUGCAGGGAAUCCGAACUAAGUUUCCGACUAAGAUCCCGGUGAUCAUCGAGAGAUAUCAGAAGGAGAAGUUCUUACCUCCGCUGGAUAAGACCAAGUUCCUCGUGCCUCAGGAGCUCACCAUGAGUCAGUUCGUGACCAUCAUCAGGAAUCGAAUGACCCUGAUGCCCAGUCAAGCUUUCUACCUGCUGAUCAAUAACUCCGGCAUCGCCAGCAUGUCUCUGACCAUGGCUCAGCUCUAUAAGGACCAUAAAGAUGAGGACGGCUUCCUCUACAUGACGUACGCGUCACAGGAGAUGUUUGGACACUGUUAUAAUGAUGAGAACCGGUGACGUGUGUCCAGAUGCUGUCGGGGGGGUCUGGCAGGUCCAAGAGGUCUCAUUCACUUCAUCGAACUGUGAUUUAAAUAUUUAAGUCUUUGUAUAUUGUUAGCUUUUUAGAUAUACUAUACUUUUCUAAUGUAUGUUUUAACUUGAGUAAUAAAAUGUUUAAUUGCUGCAUCGGUCACAAGAGGGAGACGUCUGUUCAUUCAUGUGCUGCAGAAGCUCCUCCUAAAUCUGGCUGUCAAUCAAUCAUUGAUUAAUCAUGUGGUGAUGGAAAAUAAAGGAGAUUGUUUGCUUGAUGCUGCA